AUGAGCAAAAGCAUUGCUGAAAACUGGAGAGAUCUUAGUGGGCAACAUUACUGGAAGGAUCUGCUAGACCCACUUGACAAUGAUCUUCGCAGGUACAUAAUACACUAUGGAGAGAUGGCUCAAGCUACUUACGAUGCUUUUAACUCUGAUAAAGCAUCUAAGUACGCAGGAAGGAGCAGGUAUGGGAAAGCUGAGUUCUUUUCCAAGGUGGGUUUGGAAAAGGGGAAUCCUUUCAAGUACGAGGUUACGAGGUUUCUAUAUGCGACUGUAGAAAUCGACUUCCUCGUACUGAACGGCGUUGAGGAAUCGAACUGGAUAGGGUAUGUUGCCGUGGCGACAGAUGAAGGCAAAGCUGUGUUAGGAAGGAGAGAUAUUGUGAUUGCCUGGAGAGGAACCCAGAAGAGCGCGGAAUGGGUUAAAGAUGUUCAAUUCCUUUUGAAUGAAGCUCCACAGAUAUUUGGCGAUGAUUCUCAUUGUAAAGUGCAUCGAGGCUUUUAUUCCAUUUACACAGCAGAUAACUCAUGUCUCGACAAAACCAGCGCCAGGAACCAGGUCUUAAAUGAGAUGAGAAGACUUGUCAACCAAUUUAAGGACGAAGAAAUUAGCAUAACAGUAACUGGUCACAGCUUAGGAGCUGCACUUGCAACCCUAAAUGCAGUGGACAUAGUCACUAAUGGCUAUAACAUCCCACAGAAUCAUCAUCAUCAGCCUCAUCAGAUCAAAGCUUUUCCUGUCACAGCCAUCGUUUUUGCCAGCCCACGAGUCGGAGACUCAGACUUUCAAGCCUUCUUCUCUGACCAAACAGACCUGCGAGCCUUACAUGUUCGUAAUAAAGAAGAUAUUGUUCCAAGACAUCCUUUUAUAGGGUAUUCUGAAGUGGGACAAGAGCUUGAAAUUGAUACUCAAGAAUCUCAGUACUUGAAGAACAAUGUCGGUGAUGUGGCAGGUUGGCACAGCUUGGAGGUUUAUUUGCAUGGAGUUGCAGGAACACAAGGAAGCAAAGGAGGAUUUAAUUUAGAGGUUCAACGUGAUAUCGCACUUGUCAAUAAAAGCUUGGAUGCCUUGAAAGAUGAAUAUCAUAUUCCUGAGACUUGGAGGGUUCAGGAAAACAAAGGUCUGGUUCAGCAACACGAUGGUAGUUGGAAGAUGUUGGAUCUUGAAUUGAAGGAUGAUGACUUUUAA